AUGGCUGAAUUUUUGGACGGUGUUUGGGAACUGGUGGCUUUGGGGUUCAUGCUCGACCUCGAUAGUCAACCCGCCUCGAUUCGAUCCAACGGAAUCAAAAAGAAAGAAGUGAGGCAGAACCUCGUAUGUCACGUCCGACUCGCACCUGCGGCCCACGCAGGAGGACUUUCAUUCACUGAGACGAUCCGUCGGGUAAUCAGGCAGCAAGUAACUCAAUUCUCUACAGACUACACGUGGAGGAACUCGACUCGAGUUCAACGCGGGCAUCUACGAUCCUUCGACAUCAAUCACGCCAACAACCACCAUCAUAAAUUGGAUACAAACUAUGCUCAAACGAUUCGAUCAACCGUGACGUACUUUCCAACAAUUUCGCUGCCGACACCCUCUUCGUCAACCUCUGGGACGUCGGCCUUAAAUUGUCUACGAAAGACCCCUAGUCUCAAGCUUCACGGCGGGAAGAAUCUGGAUUUUUCAAUAAGAUCGACCAACGCCCCGAGUGCCGCUCAAUUCCGACUACCCACAAACGUUUUCCAGCAGAUUGUCAGCAAGUACGACGGUGUUCAGGUCGUUGCAAUUCCCGCCCUUGCUUUUGCAGAGCGGUUUCCUCACGUCUUGGUCAAGAUCAUGUGUAAUCUGAGGGCGGAGUAUCUCGAGUAA